UCCCAUAGAGUAGGCCCAUUGUUUUAAUAGGAGUGGGCUGGACUGGCUCUUCGCCUUUUCAUUCUUAAAAUAUGUAAUUGAAAUUUACCGUGAAUUCAAUUUCACCUUGUCCAAACUUUAUUUAAAAUAGACCAAGAAUCUACAUAUUUUAAAUCAUAUAUAAUUGAAUAAGGAAUUUACUUUUCAUCUUUCACCCCUUCUACCUAGGAACCCUCCCAUAUUAAAAUGAAAGGGGUGGACGGGUUGUUUUAUAUUAAACGAUUGAUAAUUAAUGAGUUUGAAUGCUAAAGUUUACGGUAGCAAAAGUCAUGUUUAGUGUAAAUGCUACUGAAAUAUUUCGGAUAGGGCAAAGUAAUCGGCUUGUACCUCAAAAAUUGAGGCUAUGCCUAUCUUGACCAUUCCUUUUUAGUUCAUUAAUCCACCCGAUAUAAAAGUUAAAUCCUAUUCAUUGGGUCAUUUCCAUUUUGAUCUACCCAGCGCCAUAGACUCGUUCCAUCAUUAUCUUAAUAGCAAGAUGACAAGACUUCUAGUAUUCAUAUGUUUCAUAGGCUUAGCUAGCUGCUGUCAGAGGAAAGGGGAAAUUAUAACAUGUGCGGAACUCCCACCACCAACCAGGCUUGAAGGGGCGAAGAUUUUGAUCGUAGCCCGUGUGUCGGAGAAGACCAUCGACCUUCGUCAAAAAAACAAGCUCCUGGUACAGCAUACAGAUCUAAACUGCGACAGAAUCCAGGCAAAAGCCAGCACCAAGGUCUUUCUAGGGGACAAGAUGUGCUCAUUUGACUCCAAAGAAUCAAGGUCACGAGAAAAUGUCCACCACAACGCUCAUAGUAGAAACGACGGCCAUUGCUUAAACCAAGAUCAUUUAGAAUAUGAAACGUUUUUCCAGACACCCCUUGGAUAAUUGCUGCAGUCAUAUCGUCCCUGGUCGUCUCUCUGAUCGCCCUUUCUAUUUGUACCGUUAUGAUUUACAAGAAGUGUGUGCAGAGGAGACGACUAGCAAGAGCAAAUAACGCGAUGGACGAUAUUUCUGUAACAAAUCGGAAGACUUGUGAGCG